AUGGCUGCAGGAGACCUGGCAGGGAGCUUUCAGGAGGAGGUGACUUGCUCCCUGUGUCUGGACUAUUUUACAGAUCCAGUGAUAACUGACUGUGGGCACAACUUCUGCUGCACCUGCAUCAGCAAGUGCUGGGGGGAGUUGGAGCCAAAUGUCUGCUGCCCCCAGUGCAGGGAAACGGCCCCACAGAGAAACCUCCGGCCCAACAGGCAGCUGGGCAAUAUGGUUGAGUUGGUGAAGCAGCUGAAGCUGCAGGCAGGGAGGGGGCCCGAAGGCCAGUGUGUGUGUGAGAGGCACCAGGAGGCUCUGAAGCUCUUUUGUGAGGAGAAUGAAGCCACCAUCUGCGUGAUCUGCAAAGAGUCCCGGGAACACCAAGGUCACAAGGUGGUUCCCAUUGAGGAGGCUGCCAAGGACUACAAGGAACAAAUUCGUAGCUGCCUGGAGCACCUGAGGGAGCAGAGAGAGGAACUGCAGGGCCUGAAAUGUGCCUGGGAGCAGGAGAGUGAAAGACUUCUGAGGCAGACAGAGCUGGAGAGGCAGUUGGUGGUGUCUGAGUGUGAGGGGCUGCGCCAGCUCCUGGGUGAACAUGAGCGCCUCCUGCUGGCCCGGCUGGGAGAACUGGAUGCAGAGAUAAUGAGGAAGAGGGAGAAAAAUGCUGCCUACCUGUGCAAGGAGACUGCUCGCCUCAGCUCCCUAAUCAUGGAGCUAGAGGGGAAGUGUCAGCAGCCAGUGCCUGAGCUCCUGCAGGGUGUCCGAAGCGCAGUAAGCAGGGGUGAGGAGGUGAUGCCUCUGCAUCCAGGCCCCAAGUUCCCUGACCUGGAGAAGAGAAUCCAGAAUUUCCCCAGGGAGAAAAAGCUUCAGGAAGCUGUGAUGGGAUUUCUGAAGGGGCUGGCUGCAGAGAGAGGAUUCAGAAGAGCCCGAGUACAUGCAGUGGAUGUGACUCUGGACCCAGGCACAGCUUAUCCCGAACUCAUACUGUCUGAAGAUCGGAAAUGUGUGAGACACGGAGACACACAACAGGACCUACCCAACAACCCUGAAAGAUUUGAUACUUGCCCAGAAGUCCUGGGCUCUGAGAAGUUCACAGGCGGGAGGUACUACUGGGAGGUGGAGGUGGGAGACAAGACAUGCUGGGCUCUGGGUGUGUGCAGGGAGUCUGUGCACAGGAAAGGGCUGGUCACACUGUCACCUGAGGAUGGGUACUGGGUCAUGUGGCUGCGAGAUCAGAAAUUCAAAGCCCUCACCACCCCCCCAACUCGCCUCCCCAUGCGCCUGUGGCCCAGAAAGGUGGGUGUUUUCUUAGAUUAUGAGGUGGGUGAAGUCUCAUUUUACAAUGUGACUGAUGGGUCCCACCUCUUCACUUUCACUGAAACCUUCUCUGGGACCCUGCGCCCAUAUUUUUAUACUGGUCUCAGUGCUGGGGGCACCAACGCAACUCCCCUGAUCCUGUGCCCAGUCCCAACCAAGCCCUGA